AUGACCCUGAGUUCUGGUGCUAGCCUGAAGAAAGUCAAAGCUCAGGCCGGCAGAAAGAAGCCUGCCCAAGCUCUCAAGCGGCCACACAAGGUAUCCGGACCACCUCGAGAGGGACACGACUUGAAACAGUCUGACACCGACAAGGUGCCCGACGAUCAGCAAGUGCCCAAUCGCUCAGUUCAAAAACAAGAAAAUCAGACAUUUGCACUUAACAGUGCUCCUGGCCUCCAACCCGCUCUUGUCGAUCACGCUGGUCUUGCUGACGUGCUUUCAGGCGCUGCUAGUACAGCUUUCACUUUCCCUCCAUACACUCCUUCUUACCCUGUGGCGUCUCCGUACAAACAGCGAUUAGAGGAAAUUCAACACCGAAGGGCAGAGUCGGAGAGACUUCAGAGAGCCCUCGCUAGCAACUCACACUUGCAACUGGUCGUCUUCUGUCACCGAAACGACGCCUACAACUUUCUGCCCGACGGAGCGUCCAUCGCCGACAUGGGAAGCGAUCAGAACACAGGUGACAAUCUCGUCACAGACCAGGCUCUGUCCGCGGCCAAUGUCGAUGUCUCGGGAUCUUGCUCCGACAAUGUGAUCCAUUCAAGAUCUAUAGACAUCGGAACAGAGGCAUCUAUUCGGAAGAAGCAGUCCAAGAAGCCGGCUCGAGGAGGUGCAAAGAAGGUCAGGAGCACUUUGCCGGAUAGCAAGAGCCAAGUUGUGGAGCUCGAGAUUGCGCAAGCCCCUCCUUUGGCUUCUUGGGACGAUGCUACCUCCACCAGCGCUCGCUCGACAAACGCAGUGGCCGACGAUCCGUGCUCUUCGCCAUUGUUAUCACCCCAAAAUCAGAGUGAGAAUAAGCGGAAGCACAGGAACAGCAGGCAUGCUCCUCGACUAGGCUCUACUCCUUCCAGCUCCCGACCGUCUAGUCGCAUCUCGGGGACCACAGAGACUUCUGAAGCCAGUGAGCUUGACCUAGGGCAAAUGCUGCUUUCUUCGCAAGCGGCAGCCGCUGCUGGCAGUCGGACCGCGACGAAGACGACCACAAAAGCUCAGCGUCGGCGGGCGAAGUUGAAGCAGACUUCCCGGCUUUUCGAUACCCAGGACUCUCAGGAGUCAUCCCCACUGCGGAGUGCAAAGAAUGAGGAGGACCUCGUGGGACCUGCGGAGAGGACGCAUCAAGUGAGAAGGAUCCACAUUGGUCCUCUGCCACAGCCAUCUCGUGCGUCAGCCCUGCAGCUCUCUUCGACUGCCACAAGCAUCCCCAAUAUAUCUUCUGCUCCAAUGGUUUCAACCAAAUCUCGUGCGCAAGGGACAGCAAACCGUCCAUCUUCUUCAGCGUCAUCGAGCCAGCCGUCAACUGCAACGAGCUGGAAAGUCAAAGGAAUCUUGCAGGAGCCGCCGAACCAUCUUCGAAGCUACACUACAGAGUCUACUAUAGGACAGCCCAACAGGGCCGGCGUGGAAAGCGCGACGAAAGGAAUGAGGUCCUCGUCGGUGGAGCAAUCUACUCCUCCCUCGCUAUCGAUCUCAGGCUCGAGCUCGACGGGGGCAGACAAGAGUCAGAUCCGCAGCCGCUCUAUACCGGGCGCCCCUCCCGCCACUUUGCUCCCCAACAAAGAGGUCAAACUUUCCACAUCGAAGCCGCAGCGCGAAAAGGAGCGUCUUCGGCUUGCUCGCGAGCGAAAGCAAGAGGAGCUGCAUCGGCAGCGGAUUGCUGAAGCAGUAGCAGCGGCUGAACGGGGCGAGAAGCUAUCUAUAUGCCCUCAGGAGCCGCAGCGUGAAUCCGAGAGUGUCCGAUCCAAGAAGCCCCGUCCUGUCGUCUCAGUGCCUGCGCUGGACGACAAGCCCACAGAAAUUGCUGCAACUGCAGAAUUGCAGGAAGGUUUCUCACCUCGAAGCAGAGAAAGCGCGAUCUCUAAGACAGAGACUGAUGACUCGUAUCACACUGCCGCUUCGAACAUUCCGACGAGCUCGCCAAGCCCAAAGUCUCCUCGACAAGCAUCUGACAGCAGCUGCGAAAGACAGUCUGAUGAAGGAGAGUUCAGGGAUUCGUCGUCGGUGCGUUCUACUGCUCCUUCAAUGCUCUUUUCUCCCCUCUCCACUGGAAGCGCAACAAUCACCUGCUUUUCGCCACUGCAGACUCCUCUCGUUCUUGACACGCCACAAUGUCCGCAUUGGCACACCGGACUCGAGCAUGGGCAAUCCUCACACCGCCCGAAUUGUUCGAAGCAAAUCUUCUCCUCAGGCGAUCGAAAGCAUAGCCCCAGCAUUACGGACUCAACUGAUACAAGUGAGGUCACGGGCAGCCAGUAUGGCCCAUCGCCGCCAUCUGACUCAUCUGUCGAUUUCGGAUGUCCGCAGCCAAAUGCACUGACAGGACAACAGAGUCCCGUGCAGAUGCAGAUCCGCACGGGAGCGGAUCCGAGAAUCGUAGAGCUCCGCGAUCUUGGCCCUGCCACGAUGCCACUCAAUGAAGAUUUGACAGGCUCUAUGGAUAUCAGCAGCAGCUCCGCUGAAGUGAUUGAAGCAUCGUCGAAUGCUCAGCUGGACGAGAGGUCGUGCCGUCCCCAAGAUCUUCACACACGUCGCGUCUUUAUCGAGCCGACAGGUACCGACGUUGGAUAUUGCUACCACCCAGGCUCCUCAUGCGCAAUGGCGGAGCCAGGCACAUCGGUCUUCUGUCGAGGAGCAGGGGCAGAGCGGCCGAGUCAACAAGGGUUGUCUUCCCUCUGUAGCAUCUACCCUUCUCGGAUACAAGCAAGACACAAUGAGGGCGCGCGAAAUACGACGGGGCAGGCCCAUCCAUUAGCCCAGGCAUCACCCCCGUCGUCGCUUACUGUGAUACCCGAACCUCUUGACAGCAACGGCAUUGAGUCCUGUCACCACGCUGACAAAGAGCGGGACAGGAUGCACAGGUCAGGCAGUGCCACCAGUGCCCGACAAUCCCUCGGUCUGUUCCCUACGACUAGGACGAAGUCUCCGGCUAUGCCUCACCAUCACACUCUUCCUGCCAAGAAUAAUCCGUCGACUACAGGCUCGGAUCUCACAGACCCGGUACAGCUGAGCAUAUUCAAAAGAUGCGUCAGUGAGCUCAAUGCCUUCGAGGACCACCAUCAGAGACGUUCAAGGGCGCGGGAAGAGCGACUUGCCCGCCUUCAUUGUUACGACCUCGAAGGUUUCGUUGAGACAAAGAAGACAGUGGUCGAAACCGAUGGUCCUUUCAAAGGUCGCAAGAGGAUCGUCAGACUGUGGCGAACCCAUUCUAUGCUGGCGCCCGGCCGAAGACUGUCCGCUAAGUUUGACUUCGACCCCAGUGUAGCUGUUGCUGCAUCGAAGGCCGGUCUUCGGCACACAAAUGGCGCGUUGGUCCCAAGAGCACGGUGUCAAGAUUACGCUAACGCAUCCCGCGUACCGAGCGCUGAUCAAUCAAACAAUCAGAACGUGCUUGUUGGCUCAUCGUCCUUGCCCGACGGUCUUUCGCAAUUAGUUCGCCCCCGGUAUCCAGUCUUCGCACCUCACUAUGCUCUCCCGUCUCUAGCAUGUGACACCAGUGCAAGUGACCUUUCGCGUAGCUCCGAAAUACUUGGUCCCAUUGCAGAGCAUGAGUGCAGCUUGAACGGGAUGCACGUAGCCCGGCCUUCCGGGCUCGUCCGAGCAUUCCUCGACGGCGACUCGACUGCGUGCACUGCACCUUUCGAAGACACCACAGAGUGUCUCAUCAAGAGCGCGAGCACAAGCUUCGAGACUCGGCCCGACCUCAAUUGGUUAGAUUCGCUCCGCAGUCUGGGUGAGCAAGAGCGAGUGGCUCUCAGAUGCUUCUUGAGGGCUCAAGUAGGCGCAAGUGAUCAUCCCUUUGAUUCAGACUGCUCGGAGACCGGCGAAGAUGGCGCAGAACAGGCCUUGCUGCCGGUACCAGUGGCAGCGGCACGCAGUUUCGCACCGUCAAUCUAUCCCACGAUGGGUAGCGUGACAGGACCCAACGGACAAAGUAACGUCGAGAACGGCUGGGAGCCCAUGCCACAUCAGCUUUACCGAUCCGGAAGCAACCUUUCUUCAGCAACAUACUGGCCUUCAGAACCCUCUCUCCAGUACGAGAUUGCUACGAGCGCGGUGUCAAGUCCACACGGACCUCCCUUCACCGUCAGUGGUCAGCAAGCACCUCACUAUGAGUCCUACUACUCAUCCUCUCCGCAUCUAUUGCCAACGUCUAGCCACAGCCGGCCUGCCCUCCUCCCGCAUCAGACUGAGUCAUUUGCACAGCGUUCUCAUUCAAGAGAGCUCGCUGCGGGCAGGGCGUGGUCACCAGUUCCACCACCUGCACCAGGCUAUUACUCCGACGGUAGUGACCUUGCUCACUCUGCGGGGAGUGCCUCUUCACAAACGGAGCCAGAAGCGCAAAUGGAGGCUUUGGUUGCGGCAGUCCAAAGGUGUCUCUCAGCAGAUGGCAGCGGCCACGAAGGAGGCCACGCAGCGCUCUCUGAGAAGCACUUCCAUCCUGCCCGGCUCUCGGAUUGCGCAUCCGACGAUCUGGCCUCUCGAUACUCGAGCAGCUCUGUGGCAGAGAAUCCGGCUUCAUCGGCCGGAGAAUCGCCUCUCCACGAACAAAAUUGGUCUGGUGCAGAAUCGGACAAUGCACGACGACAUGUGUCAUCGAGAAUGACGCUGGCCCCUCAUAGUCAACAGCAGCGGGGUCAUCUCUCAUCCGUCUUCAAGUCUCGGCCAGAUGGUCCCGCAGGCGCUCGUAACUCUCAGGCGCAUAGAGAGUUCGAGUACGGUGCCCGAGCGCCGCAGAGACAGAGAGGCUAUGAUAUGAGCUGGCACGCGCAGGACUUGCCUUUUCGAAGCGAUCGAAGCAACUCGGAUAGCGCUCCAUCCGACACAUGGCAAGACAUGGCUCGAAUUGUCCCAACAGAGAACCGCAAUGCCCCUUCCUUAAAUCAGCCGUACAGAGCUUCGGAAUUCGAGCCAUUGUCAUCCAGCGGGUGGUAUGCGCAGCCCAUUGACCUUUAUCGAGAUCUCGAUCACAGGCAAGUACAGGGCUACAACGAGCUGCCAAGGAGCCAGAGCACCUUCAUCCCUCAGUUACCUUCUCCGAGUGCUGAAGCAAAGGGCUCUUCGCAGGCUUUGGGUACGGGCAGCACAUCCAUGGCAGCGUACCGCGGCUCGCAGGUCGAUGGCAUACCGCUCCUUCGCUACAGCCAAGCAUCAAACCUUGACCGAUCUCACCCCUAUGCAGAGGAUCACACUGGACGCGCCACCUCGACGUAUGGCAAGCGGUUUCCCGAUAGCACGCAGGAGCUGCAGAACGAGAGUCGAAGAGCUGUGCAGGAAGAAGCUGCGAUGCUCUAUGCAUACGGAUCAAGGAUGCAGGCGGCCAGAGGUCUUGCUCCUCAAGGUAGAGUCGAGAGGUCAGAACAUGGUCAAGCUUCGCAAUUCGAUGAGCAGGAGCAACCUCGACACUCACUAAGGUACCACCUUCCGAAUAUCGAAGUACAGAGCCGGGCGCGGAAUGGGGAUCCUCCCGGCGACAAUGCGACAUACAGCCGCAGUGUCUCAUCCCCUCGGCAAGGACGAUCAUCCUCCAGGAGCGAUGCCCAAGACCACGUCGCCACGAGACCGAACGCUGUCCGCAUUGCCGGUUCGAUGGCGAAUUUCAAUGCCACCGUCCCAGCCCCGAACGGGAAGUACGACGCAGAGCCAAGUCACAGCUCGGACCGCUCCGACAACGACAAGCAAAUGAUACAGCGUCGUCACAAGCAGCAGUCAGACCCACAGUCCGCUGGGGGUUCAAUCUCGUACGAGGGAAGGCAAUACAGCCUGGCUCAGCAGGUGCCGUCGUCACCUUGUCAAGACGAGGACCAGACUGUUCGCAUCGAUCGCGGUCGAGCCCCUCGCCACUACCCAUCUCAGGAACAGCAAUUCAACAAUCAUCGUCAGCAACUACAUCAGCAAUCAUUCAGUCAGCCAGCCCAUCUGCCACCCCGUCCAGCGGGCAUCAGAGACGAGGCAGCCAGCGCUUGGGACGAACCUCAACGGCGUGAAGCCAAUAGAAGCGAGCCGAAGCAGCAGCAGCGGCCUCAGCAGCCCGCUUCCUUUGGGCACGACGAUCAGCAGCGAUCUCCGUCCCAGUAUGCUCAAAGAUCCGACACGACGUCGAAUCGAACAGAGCAGCCGCCGCACUCGUCGUAUGAAUACACUCAGAGAGCGAGUACGCGCCCUGAUGGUCAAGCUCAGCGGGGUGGUGGGGGAGGUAGAGGAAGAGGUCACAGAGGAAGCUGGAAGCAGGCUCGAUGGGAGGAGAGAGAAGCGAGUGAGCACGACCGGAACUCUGGCAGUUCCGGUCAUAGCCCGGCAGAGCGUGCGGUGAACUUCAGACCGGGACAAGGUGGUCGUGGCGGUGGGCAAGCCGGCCAUGGCGUCCGAGGGACAGGGAUUUCGAACAGGCUGGAUCAGAGGUGA